AUGCUGCUCUUUUGCCAGGGCUGUGGGAAUGGGCUCAUUGUGGAGGAGGGACAGCACUGCUGCUGUUUUGCCUGCAACACCUGCCUCUACCUGCACAGCAUCCCUGGUGAGGUAACAAACGGGAAGUAUCCAAAGCUGGAAGAAGUGGAUGACUUGCUUGGUGGAGCAGCUGCCCGGGAGAACGUGGACUCUGCUGCAGAGCCGUGUCCCAGAUGUGAACAUCCUCGUGCCUUCUGCAUGCAGCUUCAGACCCGCGCUGCAGACGAGCCAAUGACUACCUUCCAUGAGUGCUGCAAUGCGCGGUGUGGACACUGCUGGAGGGACUAG